AUGGCCAAGAUGACCUCCUUUGAGUCGUAUAACGCGAAGACAACGAACAUCAGCUAUCGAUGGCCAUCCGGCGUAACCGGCAUUGAGCGUAUCGUGCUCUCUGCCCAAGGCGACCUUCAACGCGUCUUGAGCGCGUUUUUCGCCCAGCCAAUAGUCGUCGCCCUCGUUUGCUGCCAGACCCUAUAUCAUACCUCGCCCACAUCCGCCCUCGCACCGUUGACCCUGCCCAACCCUGCCGCCAUCGCAUCCGCAUCUCAAGAGACCCCCAUAGUGCAAACGCGCAAAGUUUAUCUCAAAUGCGCUGGCAAGGUCGUGUGUACGGCCACCUCCUGUGUACGUAUCACGUCGCCGGAGUGCGCACGUCUCUUCCUCGAGGAGAAGUACGCCAUUGGCCAGAUGUUCAGGCGUCUUGAAAAAGUUCCGGCAUUCGACUUGUUGGCCACGGGAUUCGGCACUGCGGAUGAACUUGAAGGAAAUCCGGGGAGCGUAGGUGAUAACAAGAGGGACCAGGAAUUGUGGAGAAAGUAUAGGCUCUCUAUGCCUGAUUUUGAGUGUGAGAUUCUUGAGGUAUUCCCCUCGAGAGAGAUGUUUGUGUUUGGGGAGACUUGGCUCGUUGACGAACCAACCAUGGCGGCAAAGGGGGUUACCUCCUCCCAGUCCCAGAGUGGAGAUGUCAAGUUGGCUGAUUGGUCUCUGCGAAUACCCCUCAAUUGA